AUGGCUCUGUCGGGCUCCGGGGCGGCGGCGGCGGCCGCCGGCGGCAGCGGGGGUGCGUGCCCGCUGUGGACGGCGCUGUACGACUACGAGGCGAGCGGCGAGGACGAGCUGAGCCUGCGGCGAGGGGACGUGGUGGAGGUGCUGUCGCAGGACGCGGCGGUGUCCGGCGACGACGGCUGGUGGGCGGGGAAGAUCCGCCACCGCCUCGGCAUCUUCCCGGCCAACUACGUGACCCGCCAGCCCCGCGGCGGAGCAGCGGCGGCGGGGGGCGGCGGGCGAGGGGACCCCGCGGGGAGCCUGACGGAGAUCGACUUCCAGCACCUGGAGCUGCAGGAGAUCAUCGGCGUGGGGGGCUUCGGGAAGGUGUACCGGGCCACCUGGCGCGGCCGCGAGGUGGCCGUGAAGGCGGCGCGGCAGGAUCCCGACGAGGACAUCACGGCCACGGCGGAGAGCGUGCGGCAGGAGGCCAAGCUCUUCUCCAUGCUGCGGCACCCCAACAUCAUCGCCCUGCACGGGGUCUGCCUGCGGGAGCCCAACCUCUGCCUCGUCAUGGAGUUCGCCCGCGGCGGAUCCCUCAACAGGGCCCUGGCCGCCGCCCCCGGGGCCGCGGCCGCCCGCGGGGGCCGCCGCAUCCCCCCGCAUAUCCUGGUGAACUGGGCGGUGCAGAUCGCCCGCGGCAUGCUCUACCUGCACGACGAGGCCAUCGUCCCCAUCCUGCACCGGGACCUCAAGUCCAGCAACAUUUUGUUGCUAGAGAAGAUGGAACAUGAUGACAUUUGUAAUAAAACUCUGAAGAUUACAGACUUUGGUCUGGCUAGAGAGUGGCACAGAACAACCAAAAUGAGUGCAGCAGGAACUUACGCAUGGAUGGCUCCAGAAGUUAUCAAGUCCUCCAUGUUUUCCAAAGGAAGUGAUAUUUGGAGUUACGGAGUGUUGCUGUGGGAACUGCUUACUGGAGAAGUUCCUUACCGUGGCAUUGAUGGCCUGGCUGUGGCUUAUGGAGUAGCUGUCAAUAAGCUCACUUUGCCCAUUCCAUCCACCUGCCCUGAACCGUUUGCAAAACUAAUGAAAGAAUGCUGGGAUCAGGACCCUCAUAUCCGACCAUCGUUUGCCUUAAUUCUUGAACAGCUUACUGCCAUUGAAGGGGCAGUUAUGACUGAAAUGCCUCAAGAGUCUUUCCACUCCAUGCAAGAUGACUGGAAAUUGGAAAUUCAGCAGAUAUUUAAUGAAUUGAGGACCAAGGAAAAAGAGCUUCGAUCACGAGAAGAGGAAUUGACAAGAGCAGCUCUUCAGCAAAAAUCUCAAGAAGAAUUACUGAAGCGGCGUGAGCAGCAGUUAGCGGAACGCGAGAUCGAUGUACUGGAGCGCGAGCUGAAUAUCAUGAUAUUCCAGUUAAACCAAGAGAAGCCCAACGUAAAGAAGAGGAAGGGCAAGUUUAAAAGAAGCCGGUUAAAACUCAAAGAUGGACACAGAAUUAGUUUGCCUUCAGAUUUCCAGCACAAAAUAACAGUGCAGGCAUCCCCCAAUCUGGAUAAGAGGAGAAGUUUAAACAGCAACAGCUCUAGUCCAUCAAGUAGCCCCACAAUAAUUCCUCGUCUUCGGGCUAUACAAUUGAUUCCAAAAACAGAUACACACACAGCUAACGGCCGAAGAAACAGUGUAUAUGUGUACCAGCAAGAUGUAGAUAUCACAAAUGAAUAUGAACUUCCCUGUGGGGUUAUGAAAAAAGUAACUUCAGAUGAAAGCAACAGAACUUGGGGAAGGAGCACAACAUAUCACCAAGAAGAGUUUGAAGAUGUGAAGAGAAGUUUUAAAAAGAAAGGUUGUACAUGGGGACCAAGUUCAGUUCAAACAAAGGAUCGUGCAGAUUGUAAGGACAAAGUAAGACCCCUUUCAGAUGGCAGCAACCCUUGGUCAACUGUUUUCAUGAAAAAUCAGAAGGGUGUUCCCUUAGCUUCACUGUUUGUGGACCAAGGUGCCUGUACUGAUAAGAAACUUAUCCCUGAAGGUUUGGACAGUAAAAGACCAAAGCCAAUUAAGUUGCCCAAUCAGGCCUAUAUUAAUCUACCUCUUUGGAAAGACGAUCAAGGAGAGAACACGGUUGAACACGAGAGCUUUGAAGAAGGAACCUCUGCUAGUUCUACAAAUAGUACUCCUCAAAUGACACCUACAAACAGUCUGAGCAGGACGCUGCACAAAAAGAAGACUGAUUCCGUGCUGUACGGAUGUGCUGUCCUCCUUGCAUCCGUUGCCCUGGGCUUAGAUAUCAGAGAGCUGAACAAAUCGCAGGGUCCGGAUGAACUCCUGCCUAAAGAUGAGAGGAAGAAGCGUGACGGAAUAUUUCAGCGUGCUUCAAAAUUCCGCAGGAGCGCCAGCCCUACGCGACUGCAGUCCAAGAAAGAGGAAACAGGUAUUCCAUCCCUAAAUCCAGCUGCGGAUACUGUGAAUCUUCUCUCUAUGCCCUCCAUUUCCACAAAAUGCCUACUUCAGCCUGAUAGUGAAGAUGCUUUUGUGAGCACUGUGCUUGGUGAUUGUGGUCGAUGUAGUUCUGCUGACAACUUUUCAUCUCAAACUUCUGAAAGUAAGAGAGAACAAAGGAUACAGCUGGCUCCUAACACAGUUUCAACACAAUUGAAAAAUCAGCCUUUUAGUCUUGGUCUGAAACAAGAGUUUCAAAAUGUGCCAAAAAAUUCCUCCACAAAGUUAAGUAUGUUGGGUCACAGACGAACCUUAUCAGAUGGGAACCAUUUUCAGACCACAGCUAAUGGAGUUGCUUCAACCAAUGAUGUCCCCAGACUCCCGGUCCUGUCAGUUCCUGGAACUCUGCCCUCCCCAUCUUUUCAACAAAGAAGCAAUCACAGUGGUGUUUCAAAUGAAAAGCAAAGCACUGUCAAUACUAUCUCAAGGCCUCGACCUUCUUCUCUAAGAAGUAAAAUAGAUGCAUGGCAGAUUAUUCCACGUAUUAUUAAACCAAACUCUAAAGACUCUGAAUGUUUAGAGGGCAGUGUAGAUCCAGAUGUUAACUUCUUGCCAGAUACUGAGGAAAGAACUAACUGCCACAUGCCCUCAUUACUUGAUAUUGAUGUGGAAGGUCAAAACAGAGACUGUACUGUGCCUUUAUGCAGAAUGAAGAGCAAAACUUGUCGGCCAUCUAUAUAUGAACUGGAGAGAGAGUUUCUGUCGUGAGUGCCUUUCAUUUUAAAAAUGUUUGCUUCAUAAAGGGGAAAAAAAUGUAAAAUUCUUGUCUGUCUAACACUUUGUGCUGCUGUUUUCUGAUGUACUGUGACAAAUAGUACCAAAAUUAUUAAAAUGGGCAGCUUAUUAAGUGUAGUAGGUGCCUUUUUCAAAUUUUUCUUGCAAUCCCAGCUAGUAACUCUGAAAGCACAAUACUGCAAAAUCGUAUUCUAGGUGAACUUCGUAAGUCUAUUUUGAAUGAUUAAAAUAAAAUGCCCACCUCC